GCGGGGCUGUGCGGGGCUGUGCGGGCCUAGCCAGCCGCGGCCUCACUAGCCGAGCUCGGAGCUGGACUGCGGGCGCCUGCCGCGCUCUGGCGGCGGCACCCGGGGACGGGCUCAGCGCCGUGCCGCCGCCCCGGGCAGUGUUGUCGCAAUGAAAGCCUGGAAUAACAAGAAGUUUCCAGGAAAGAGCGGGAAAGGACCUCGUGGAAAACAGCUGCAUGGAAAAAGAAAGUUUAAGAAAGAUGACGAUUCAGUUCCUUCAAAGACUUUUCAUAGUAAAAGAGAUAAGGAGGAAAAGCCUACAUCCAUUUCCAAAAAGCCUGUGAAAGGAAAUUUAAGACCUGGAAGAGCUAGUGUCAAACAAGUCAAGAAUAAACAGCAAACAGAAAAGCUUGCAAAGAAGAGGAAAUAUGAGGAUAGCACAGAGAGAGAGUCAGAUUCUAAGAAGCCUAAAUGGAAUGACUUCAAAAAGAAAAAGAAGGAGUUAAAGCAAAGCAGGCAACUUAAUGAUAAAAGUAAUUAUGAUAUAAUUGUAAAAUCAAAGCAAAUAUGGGAGAGCGUGAGAAGGAAGAAAUGUGAUAAGGAGAAGCGGGAAAAGCUGAUGAAUGAGCUACAAAAACUACUUCAUGGAAAAAUCAAAAACCUAGCAUUUGCACAUGAUUCAACUCGAGUGAUCCAGUGCUUUAUUCAAUAUGGUAAUGACAAGCAAAGGCAAGAGACAUUUGAAGAGUUAAAAGAUAGCCUUGUGGAGUUGAGUAAGUCAAAAUAUUCCAGGAAUAUUGUGAAAAAGUUUCUUAUGUAUGGGACAAAACAACAAAUUGCUGAAAUAAUAAAAAGUUUUAAAGGUCACGUGAAAAAAAUGCUCCGUCAUGCUGAAGCAUCUGCUGUAGUGGAAUAUGCAUAUAAUGACAAAGCCAUUCUGGAACAGAGAAAUAUGCUGACAGAAGAACUAUAUGGAAAUACUUUUCAGGUUUACAAGACACCACUUGUCCCAACACUGGAUAAAGUGUUAGAAGCUCAGCCUGAGAAGAGGGAGGCCAUUCUAGAUGAAAUGAAGCAGAUACUUACACCAAUGGCACAAAAAGAGGCUGUGAUAAAACACUCACUGGUACAUAAAGUAUUUUUGGACUUUUUCACUCAUGCUCUUCCAAAACAAAGAUCUGAAAUGAUAGAAGCUAUCAGAGAGGCUGUCAUCUACCUGGCACACACUCAUGAUGGAGCCAGAGUAGCAAUGCACUGUUUAUGGCAUGGUACCCCCAAGGACAGAAAAGUUAUUGUGAAAACUAUGAAGACAUACAUUGAAAAAAUAGCUACGGGUGAAUUUUCUCAUUUGGUUUUGUUGGCAGCAUUUGAUUGCAUCGACGACACUAAACUUGUGAAACAGUUAAUUAUAACUGAAUUAAAUGCUUCCCUGGCCAGUUUAAUUUCCAACAAACAUGGAAAAAAAGUCUUGCUGUACUUGCUAAGUCCUAGAGACCCUGCACAUUUUGUUCCAGAAAUCAUCACACUUCUGCAGCAGGGUGAUGGAAAUGCCUAUAGUAAGAAGAAUACUGAAAUCCGCCGCCAAGAACUCCUGGAAGCCAUUUCCCCACCUUUGCUAGAGUAUUUGCAAGAACAUACCCAAGAAGUAGUAAUGGACAAAGCUGCCUUUGUCUUGGUUGCUGACAUCUUAAGAACAGCUACUGGUGACAUUCAGCCCACACUAAAUGCAAUUGCUAAUUUAGCAGCAGAAGAGCUGGUUCCAGGUGGCCGUGAUGGGCAGCUUCACAUUGCAGAGCAUCCAGCAGGUCAUUUAGUGCUGAAAUGGUUAAUAGAGCAAGAUGAAAAAAGGAGAGAGAGUGGGAAAGAAGGCUGCUUUGGAAGAACAUUGAUAGAAUGUGUUGGUAUUGAGAAUUUGAAGACCUGGGCAGAAGUAAACCGAGGUGCCAUUGUUCUUUGUUGCCUUCUCCGAAGCACUGAUCAAAAAGUGACAAAUGCAGUCAAAAAAGGACUGAAAAAAAUUGUUCCAAAGUUGAAGCUGAAUAAAAAUACAAAAGGAAUAGAAGCAUUGCUGGAGAAAUUGACUUCUUAGUGUACACAAAGCUAAAAAGAUCAGUAACAACUAUGCAAUUAGCUGCCAUUUGGUAAGAUUUUUGGUCCAUGUCUGUGUUCUAAGCUUUUGUGAAUUAAAUCAUUUUGGAAGCAGUUUGUCUCUUGAGCUCAUUGUGCUUUGUGUGAAUGGUUGCUCUUAGAAAUAGAAAUCUCAAGAUGUAAGUGUUUGUGAAAACUUCUUGACAUCAUGAUGAAGUUAAAUCCUAGUAACUUACACAGAAUUGUUUUGAUACCUGUUAAAAUCUGUGUGCCUAUUAUGUCCUAGUUACGAUAAAAAUGGAAGCAUCUGUUCUGGAGCUGCUGUUGCAUACAAGGUAAAUACACGUGUUCAUAAUACCCUUCCCUCUUUUUUCCAUAAACAAAUUCUUAGGAAAAACAAUUCUUAGCCUGUGAAGGAGUGAUGGAAGUUUUCAUCCUUCAAGAACUGACAAGAACAGAAAGAAAAUGUUGUUGUUCUAUCUUUUUUAAACAAGGUCUAAAAUGAGAGGCUUGCUCCCACUGGAUCAUAGUUCAGUUCUUUUUUUAGUUCAGUCUUCUGAAAAGUAAAGACUUCUAAGCCCUACUAAGCCAGUCUGUAUUUUUGUUACCUUCUUUGUACUAAGAAGGAUGAGUUUACUUCUGUGGAAUAUCAAGUGUUUGCUGUACUUUCUUUAGAAAAAUGUAAUCUUAGGCAACUUUCCUGAUAAGGCAUUCAUGUAACAACUUGUUGGUGUUUAAUGCCAUACU